AUGUCAUAUAUUUACAAGCUCACGUCGAAAGUUAAGCAAACAGCCAAAUAUUACAACCCAAUGUCAUACUCAAUAGAUAAAUUCCAAUUUCGGAAGUCUCCAAAUGGACCUCUUCCAAUGUUUUUUUUCUCGCAUGGAGGUCCCACCUUUGCUGACAAAAACGACAAAUAUGGAUCGAAUUUAGGUGCAUGGAAUAAAACCAGAGAGGUUGGAAAGUACAUCAAAAAUACCUUAAAGCCAGAUUUCAUUAUUUGCGUUUCGGCUCACUGGCAGUCGGACUUCCCAAAUAAAGUGGAGAUCGCCAUCCCAGGACCAAAAGAAAACCGCUUUAUGGAGAGUGGCACGACAUCUCACCGAAUUACCCCGGAUGAGAAUACUUUAAUCUACGAUUUUUACAAUUUCCCAGCCGUGCAUUACAGAAAUCAGUUUCACACAUUGGCAAACAGGGCAAUUGCCAAGGACAUUGCCAAGACUUUCUCUGAAUCCAAUUUCUUUGAGGCAGAAACUAGAGAAAGAGGCAUUGAUCAUGGAUGCUGGGUUCCGCUAAGAGUUGCAUUUGGUAACACCCAGGUUGAGGAUACGAAAGAGUUGGAUGUCGAAUGCCCAGUUAUUCAAGUUUCAUUGGCCGGAACCGAUGAUAUCGAGAUCCAUUACAAGUUGGGCCAGGUUUUAAACAAAUACCGUGAUUUAAACGGCUGUAUAAUACUUUCUGGAAUGUCCGUGCACAGCCUUCGGGAUAUAGGUAGGGCUAUACAGAGUGGGAAGCCCGCUUUAGAUUAUGUCAGCCCUUUCAAUUCGUUGAUUACCAAAAUUCUUACAGGUCCAAGUAGUGAGAUUCUUUCUCAGUUGAAGCAGCUUCCAAAUAAGGAAGGAUGGAGAACUCUUUACAGAUUAAGUCAUCCUACAAAUGAGCACUUUCUCCCAAUGGUUGUUGGUGCUGGUGCUGCUAAGGGAGACGAAUGUAAGGAAUUAUAUAAUGCGGCUGAUCUUUCUCUUGGCUGGAAUAUUUAUAGAUGGGGAAAGACAGGCAAGAAGGGUCUGUAA